CCAUCGCCUCCCCCCUCCGCACCGCAAACCGCAUCAUCCUCUCCCUCCUGCUCGCCCUCCCACUCCAACCGUGCCGUGCCCCCAAACCCUAGCGCAGCCGCGGGGGGAGGCGCGCCGCGCGCAGCUCCAGUCCCCCACAAUAGUUUCGGGUUCGGUCCGGAUUCUCCCGCCACUCCCCCCUCAAACCCCGGCCUCCCUUCUCCUCCGCCUCCGCCGUCCUCUGUAUUUUUUCGAAUUUCGUAUUGGGAAUUUUUGUGGUGCUUUUUUGGUUGUUUGUUUCAGGAGCGCGCGGCCUCGGAGGAUUCGCGGCGGCUGGGCUAGGGUUUUGGCGUCUCGGUCGAGGGUGGUGCGCCAUCUGCUCCGUGGGAUCUCCUGGCAUCAGGAUUGCUGUCAGUCAUCAUGUCAUCAUAUCCUGUGCUAAACAACCGUCCUAUUGAUCAGUGGAGAGUUACUGAUCUGAAGGAUGAACUCCGUAAAAGGAGGCUUCCUGUCAAGGGUUUGAAAGAAGAACUUGUGAGGCGACUCUUUGAAUCCAUUCAGAGUGAAACAGCAGCUGACGAAGCUUCUGAAGAUGUGGAAGCAAACGCAGAUGAUCAGUUGCCUGAUGCCAAUGCUAGUGAGGAAACUACAGUUACCAUUACAGAAGUUCGUCAGGAAUCUGUGGUUCAUGUCACUCAGCAAGUUGAAGUUCCUACCACCGAAGUUAGUCAGGAAUUCACAAUUUCUGCCACUGGAGGGACCCCCAGUAUCGAUGUUGAAGCUUCCUUAAAUGAGGCCUCUGCUGCCAAAGGAGAAGUACCUGAUUCCAUUGUUGGAGGAAAUUUAGCAUUUGAAGAAGUGCAACUGCAUACUGAAAGUAAUAAUGAGCCUGUUCUUGAGAAGACCUCAGAUGUAGAGACUAAUGAGGCAGUCAUUGUCAAUGAUGUCAGUACUGAUGUGAAGUCAGACUUGGCCACUUCUGAAGUCAAGUCUGAUGCCACUAAAGCAAGCAAAAUUCAAGAACAGGAUUCAGCACCAGCACCUGUUGAUGCCAUCACUUCAGAUGCUGGUCCUAUGGAUACCGAUGUUGUCACAGCUGCACCAGUAAGUGAUGAUGGGGAGAAACUGGCACCCAAGGAUGAUUUGGGUGACAAAGUGUCAAUGUAUGAUGAAGAGCACAAAGAUUCUGAUACCAUGAACGAGGACUGCGAGCCCAUCGUGUCAAAACCAAAUAAUCAGGUACCUGAGGUUAGCCCAGAUUUAGGGUCUCAAAUUAAGUGUGAGUCGAUUUCUAGUGAUCUAUCAACUAAUAAAAAGAAUAAUAUAGAAGAUAACUUGAAUGCUAAUAAUUUUGAUUUAGAACUAGAGGUUAAGCCGAAGAUGGUCGAACCAUCAUCCGGCAUUACUCCCUUAGGUGGAGAUUUGCAGCCAUUGGAUGAUGACAAAGAGCUGGUUAAGGACCAGUCAUCUGUGGAAGACAUAGAUUCCACCGCUAAUGAGGACUCAUACAAGAAAGAUAGUCCUGAAGGUUCUCCAGAGAAAUUAAAUUUAGACAGGAGUUCAGGUGAUGAGUCAAUGGAGGAGGAUGUUAUGGAAAUUAAACAAGUUGAGUUGAAUAUGAAGUCUGAUGAUCUCAGAGGAAAGACCGAGCUUAACUCAGAAGAUGUGAAAUCGGUGACCCUCCCUGAUUCUGUUGUUGAGGCUUCCUCUGUUGAUACCAAGGAGGUUAUAGCUGAAGAAAAGUCAGCAGCUUCAACAGAAAAGAGGAAACUUGAAGCUGAAGAGGUUGUUGCAAACACCGAACCAAUCAAGCGGCAGCGCCGGUGGACUGCAGACGGUGCCAAAGUUCCAGAGAGACAAACAUUGGAUCAAACUGGUUCUGAUGCUCCCAAGGAUGUUUUUCAGCCUGCUCUUAAACGCUCUUUUGGGAGGUCCGAUUCAACAGCUAGUGUAGAUUCUCCUAAGGAGCGGAUUGUGCCACCGUCUCAGAAACCUGCAACAACUUCUUUGAGAAUUGAUCGAUUUGUACGCCCAUUUACUCUGAAAGCUGUGCAGGAGCUUCUUGGUAAAACUGGAUCAGUACAAAACUUCUGGAUGGAUCAUAUCAAGACUCAUUGCUAUGUUACGUUUUCCUCGGUUGAUGAAGCUGUUGCUACCAGGGAUGCUGUUUACAACCUACAGUGGCCCCCAAACAAUGGCAAUAAGUUGAUUGCUGAAUUUGUUGACCCUCAGGAAGUGAAGCUCAAGAUUGAACCCCCUCCCCCACCAGCUGCUCCUGUUAGCCCAGCUGCCGCCGCAAGGGCGCCUCCUGUUCAACAGGCUCAGGCUAAUCAAAAUGUGCCGCGCCAAGCUGCUACACCGAAGGAGCAACUGCCACCCCCACCGCCCCUUGCUAAGCCCCCUACUGCUGACCCAGUAGCAUCAGCAAGGGAGAGGCUUCCGCCCACUCCAAAGAAGCCGGAGCCUCCUGUUGUGACGCUUGAUGAUCUCUUCAGGAAGACACAGUCGUCCCCGAGGAUCUACUAUCUGCCUUUGUCAGAAGAGGAGGUGGCAGCCAAGCUCGCCGCACAAGGCAAAGGGAAAAAGGAAUAGGAGGCAUUGGUUUCCAUUUUUUGGCGCCAGUGUUGCGAAACAAUGUUGCGGGUGGUCACAGCAGCUGGCAGGUGUUACUACUGCAGUCCAUUUGAAAUAACAGGCGUUGUUGACUGCUGCGGUAAGGAGUAGUUGUAGGGCUGUUAUGUGAAAAAGACUAGUGUAGAAGCAGCAGCAGCUUGUAUUUCCUACAGAGUAGUUUUGAUUGGGUCUCCGCCUAGAGCGUCUGAGGUACUCGGUUUAAUUUAUGCUGUCAGAUACUGUUUGAGACACUGGUUUUAGUUGAGUCUUGGGAAAAUACUGUUGAGAUGCUUGGUUUAAUUUUAGUCUUAUCGUCGGUGUUGCACAA